AUGAUUUAUUUGGCUAUUGUCGAGCAUAGAAGGGUUAGGGAAGGUUUUCAGUAUGCCAACCCGAUCAUCAAGUUCUGGUAUAGGAACAUAGCAGUUGCAGAUGUCCUUAAGAUCUUUGAGAGGGAGAAAAUGAAGCUUAGACAGAACCUUAGAGCUGAGAUCCUCUCUUUUUGCGCUUUUCGUCCACCCCAUUAUGGUCCUGCCAUUGCCAUGAAACUGAUGGAGCUGAUUAAAGAAUGGGGUUUGUAUAAGAAGGUCUUCACAAUAACCGUAGACAAUGCUUUCUCUAAUAACAACAUGCAAGGAGUUCUAAAGAGAUGUGCUGCACAUAUUCUGAACCUUAUUGUCCAAGAUGGAUUAGCUGCAAUAAGUGAGGCCUUGGAGAAGAUCAGGGACAGCGUUAAAUAUGUCAAGGUUACCGAGUCUAGAGAGCUGUUGUUUCAAGGCUGCGUGGAGACUGUUGGGAUUGUUAAGAAAGGGGGUUUAGUUUUAGAUGUUACUACAUGGUGGAACUCAACCUCUCUGAUGCUGUCUUGGGUUCUUUACUACAAAGAGACAUUUAGGAACCUUGCAGAAAUCGAGACAAGUUACCAGAGUUUACCUACAGAGUCAGAGUGGUUAAGAGCAGAGCUGAUUUAUGGUUUAUUACAUCCGUCUGAUCAGAUGACAAAUCUCAUUUCUGGCUCUUCUUACCCUACAUCGAAUCUGUACUUUAUGGAAGUAUGGAAAAUUCAAAGUUGGUUGAGAUCAAACGAGUUCUGUGAAAAUGAAGUGAUUGGUGAAAUGGUGGCUUCAAUGAAGGUCAAAUUCGAUAAGUAUUGGACUGAAUACAGCGAUAUUCUAGUCAUUGCAGCAGUGUUAGAUCCUAGUCUAAAGCUUAAGAUGUUGAAGCUGUAUGGAGUUUACAAGAAGAAGAAUACUAGUACACAGAGUUCACAAGAAGCAGAUGCUCUACCAGCUGGUUAUGGUGGCUUCUAUGCGUUCUUCUCUCAACAAGCAGGAACAGGAAAAUUUGCUUUGGAUUUGUAUUUGAGUGAACCGUUGCAAAUCAAAACUUAG